AUGGGCGACGAGCAUCGCUGCCUGCCUCCUCCCCCUCGCUACUUUACUCGCCCACACACGUCGCCCGUGCGUGGCCACGCGCCCGUGCUGUCCCCUCCUGGCUCUAGUGCUCGCCCACCGCACCAGCCGUCUCUGCCUCGACCCGCUCCCACCGCGCCCGCUUUGCCGGCCGGCGCGUCGCCCGCUGCUGCGGCGCGCCUCACUGCUGCCCUCCCGUCCAUGCGCCCACGCGCUAUCCUCGCCGGCCUCACCCACCGCGCGCAGCCCUGGCCGCCAACGCUCUGCCGCUGUGCCAUGCCUCUCCCCGCCGCGGCCAUCCCUCUUCCGCCUCCCCUGGCCGCCGGCGCCGACAUGUGCCGUGCGUGCCCAGCGCCCGUUCGCCUGUGCGCCCGUUAG